AUGAACUAACGACGUUUGUGUCCACGAUUCUUUACUGAUUUCCCCCACCAUGCAUGCAUACAUAGCCGACUCGGUCUAUCCGUGUCACACGAAUAGACCAAAUCGGCUAUGUGUCCUCUCCUUCUUCUUUCUACUUAAAGUAUUUCGUCGGUACAUCUAUACAUGGUUUGUUUGUUUGUUCGGAUUACCGUAAAAUUGUUGCAUAGUGUUCCGAGAAAUUUGCUAAAGAUGAGUCAGCUGGAAGAUGCCAAGAAAAUCGCAGCUUACAGAGCCGUUGAUGAAUACGUGCAGAAUAAAACUGUUAUCGGUAUCGGUAGCGGAUCCACCGUGAUUUACGCUGUUCAUAGACUUGUUGAACGGGUCAAAACUGAAGGACUCAAUGUAGUUUGUAUCCCUACAUCAUUUCAAGCUCGUCAAUUGAUAGUGAAGAACCAUCUAACUUUAGGUGAUUUAGAAAUUUAUCCAGAGCUGGAUUGUGCAAUUGAUGGAGCUGAUGAAGUUGAUGCUGAAAUGAACCUCAUCAAAGGUGGAGGAGGAUGCUUACUACAAGAAAAAAUUGUUGCUUCCUGUGCCAAGCAAUUUGUUGUUAUAGCAGAUUAUACAAAAAAUUCACAGAAGCUUGGAGAUCAGUAUAAGAAGGGGAUUCCUAUAGAAGUGAUUCCUAUGGCAUACAAGCCAAUCCAACAUAGAAUCGAGGUCACAUAUGGAGGAAGUGCAAAUAUCAGGAUGGCUUUGGCAAAAGCUGGUCCAGUGGUAACAGAUAACGGCAAUUUUGUUUUGGACUGGAAUUUUCCUCAAGACAUAACUGACUGGAAUAAAAUUAAUAAGGAAAUAUCUCUGAUACCUGGAGUUGUAGAAACAGGCUUAUUUAUAAAUAUGGCUGAGAAAGCUUUCUUUGGCAUGGCAGAUGGUAGUGUGAAAGUACAAUGUUUGAAGAAUCAAAAGAUUUAACAUACAUGUAUAAACAUGUCUAUUAUUUUUUAUCACAUAUAUGGACAGCAAUUGUGUCCAUUGACUUAUAAACUUUUACCAUAUGAUCAAAGGCCUUUGAUAAACUUUUGCUGCAAAAGU